AUGAACACUGGCCGUACCGAUCUUAUUUCACCCACAUUCUCACUAUCCACUCCCGCAGACGCCUCUUUCACUCCACACACUGUUGUCAGCGAGGUAGACGACUCGUCAGAGAAGGAGGAUGAACCCACCAUUACCGCCCCGAGUCCUUUCAACUUCACAACACAACAAUAUUCUGCCACUCUAUCACCCGCCAAGCCUGAAAUCAACGUUGGAAAGCGUCGUGGUCACAAGUACAAGCACUCCAGUGUCUCACACCAGAUCUUUAUCGAACCAGCCCCUCGCGCUCCUCUUCAACUACCCGCUUCUCUCCCCGUCCCUACUCGCAAUGAAGUCCAACACAGCAUGACAUCGAACCAAAAGGCCCGUCUAGCUUGGUGCUUCUGCCACUUCCUGAUUGCCGCAUACGUUCAAUGGAGUGCCUCUGGCUCUCUCGCUAUGACAGCUCUUUCGCGCCUACUCUUCUUCGAUGCCGCUGGUGCCAUUACUUGUGUCUUGGUCGAGACUAUGGGAAACUUUGAAGUCUGGAAGCGUUCCAGUGUCAAGCAUCCAUUCGGCCUUGAACGACUUGAUGUGCUUGUUGGCUUUGGACUUGCCGUUUUCAUCGGCUUCAUGGGCCUCGAUGUCUUGUCUCACGGCAUUCAGCACUCGCUCGAAAAUUUGGGAUCUCAUGUUGCCCACUCGCCGCAUGCUCAUCGUCGGAUUUCGGCUGGAUCUGUUGAUGUCGCGGCCCUUCUUGCUAUUGUCGUCACUUUGAUCUCUGCUCUUGUACUCAAGAACCACGCCCGCAUUGGCAAAGCUAUGCGCAUUGAGUUCAUUGCAUGCUGGGGCACUGUCUUGAGCAACCCCAGCCAUCUUAUCACUCUAUUCUGCUCUACACUCCUGCUUCUGCUGCCGCUGCUCAGCAUUCAAGCAUAUCACUGGUUCGACGCUGCCAUGUCCUUCUUCAUUGCAGUCGCCAUGAUUGGUUUGGGUGUUCGCCUAGGCACAUCACUCUCAUCCAUCCUUUUGAUGUCUUACUCGGCGCCUACUGGAGGUGUGACUAUCAAGGACGUUAUCUCCGAAAUCGAAACCGAUAAAUCUGUUUCAGCCGUUCAAGACGCCAAGUUUUGGCAAGUUCACUAUGGACUUUGCAUGGCCAACUUGACUUUGAGAUAUAGAACAGCUGACUAUGGUCUUGACUUGGCUAAGACUAGAGAAAGGAUGACAAGUCUUGUGCGAAACAGACUUGGUGGUGGUUAUGGAUCUGGCGGCCUCAAGUGGGAGGUGUCGGUCCAGUGGAUACCUGAAAGGGAUUGA